GUACGUGUUCCGUACGCGGUUGCCGCGACACAUAAUGGAAAGAAAGGCAACGGGGUUCUAUUGAGCGAAAAAUUUAGUAACAAUGGGUGUUUGUACGCGAGAAAAGUUUUCCAGAUAUAAAUGUACACGGUUAGUCAUAAAAGUUGGACGAUUAUAUUUUUGGUCUUGCCGUUGAAGUACUUAGAGGAAGAAACGCAAAAUUGUUUUAAGAAAAUGCUCAGACAAGUUAUAAAUGUACAGAAAUCAGGCCAGGACCAUAUUUUAUAAUUUUAACAAAAACAGCAGAGAAAAGCCAAAAUCUUCCGAGGUCUUGACUAGUUACAUAAAGCAAUGCAAUGAACCUCCGUGGACAUCAUAUUUUGUAAAAUAUAGCAGUAUAAGAGAUGACCAAUGGGGUAAAUCACAUUUUAAUUGGAAAGUUGGGCAAUCAAACUAUCACAUACUGAGGACUGGCUGUUUUCCUUAUAUAAAGUACCACUGCACAAAAAGAAAUGUACAAAAUCUGAUAGUUGAAGAUUACUUCUUCCGCGCUAUUAAAGUGUUAAAUCUAGGUAUACCAUGUCUGGCAUACGGAAUAGCAGCAACUUUUUUAAUAAAACAUAUAGAAACAGUUAGGACUAGUAAAGGAAAUGUAAAUAUUUAUUUUCUGUAUCCUGAAGAUAAAGGUUCUUUAUAUUAAUUUUGUUGUAUAGUCAAUA